AUGGCUUCUCUUAUAUUUAUAUCUCAAAAACCCCUUUUGAAGAGUUUUGGUCAAUUACGAAAUUUAUCUUCACUUGCACCCGCGCUUAUUCACUCCCGAACAUCCUUUCUAUGUAAUAAAAGAUAUUCAUUUUCCACCACCUCAGUAAAGAGGCUUGCUUCCGUUUCAGACCAAGUUGAUCCUCGACUUCUUGCGGAGCGGCCUCGCGACGACACGGAUGUUGUAAUUGUGGGAGGUGGUCCCUCAGGUCUUUCAGCUGCCAUCAAAAUAAAGCAAUUGGCUAAUGCGGAAGGAAAAGAAGUGAGAGUAGUAGUAAUUGAGAAGGGACCUGAAAUUGGGGCACACAUCCUUUCUGGUUGUGUACUUGAACCGCGCGCAUUAGAUGAAUUAAUUCCAGAUUGGAAAGAUCGGGGAGCUCCAUUAAAUCAACCUGUUUUGAAGGAUGAUAUUAGACUUCUUUUCAGAAAAUCAUCUGUACCACUGCCUCAUCCUCCUAGCCUUAAUAAUAAGAAGAACUUUAUUGUUAGCUUAAGUAAUGUAGUUAAAUGGUUAGGGGAGCAGGCUAAUGAACUUGAUGUGGAAAUUUAUGCUGGAUUUUCUGCGAGUGAGGUGCUCUAUGAUGAAGAUGGUAGUGUACGUGGUAUUGCUACGAAUGAUAUAGGUUUAGACAAAAAUUUUAAACCAAAAAAACAAUUUGAGCGAGGUAUGGAGUUCUGUGCCAAAAUUACAUUAUUUGCAGAGGGAUGUCAUGGAUCACUCACAAAGACAUUGAUGCGAAAGUUUAAUCUUCGUGAUGGUAAACAACCUCAAACCUACGGUAUCGGUAUUAAGGAGGUUUGGGAAGUUGAUCCCUCUAAGCAUGUUCAAGGUUUAGUCCUUCACACGUUGGGGUGGCCAUUGGAUUAUAGAACCUAUGGAGGUUCAUUUCUGUAUACAAUGGAAAAUAAUAUUGUGACAACUGGUUUUGUGGUAGCCCUUGAUUAUCAAAAUCCUUAUUUACACCCUUAUAAGGAAUUCCAGAGAUGGAAACAUCAUCCGUCUAUUAAAAAAUUCUUUGAAGGUGGAAAAUGCAUAAGUUAUGGUGCUCGUGCGUUAAAUGAAGGCGGAUACCAAUCUAUUCCAAAAUUAGUAUUUCCUGGCGGUGCAUUAAUCGGAGAUACAGCCGGGUUUCUUAAUGUCGCUAAAAUAAAAGGAACUCAUACUGCCAUGAAAUCCGGCAUCCUAGCAGGAGAGGCGGCUUAUAAUGCAAUCGUUAACUCUGAGCAGACAACUGGCCCUAUUACGUUAACAUCUUAUGAGAAAUCUAUUCAAGAAUCCUGGUUAUGGAAAGAGUUAUAUGCAGUCAGAAAUGUAAGACCUUCUUUCAACAGCUCAUUAGGAAUGUGGGGCGGAAUCACAUACGCUGGAGUUGAUGCUCUGUUUUUGAAAGGAAGAGUACCAUGGACAUUCAAACAUCACGCUGACUAUGCUGCUUUGAAGCCUGCUAGUGAGUGUAAACCAAUCGAAUAUCCCAAACCUGAUGGGAAAAUCUCUUUUGAUUUAUUGGAGAACCUUUCGCGAAGUGGCACAAAUCACACAGAAAAUCAACCGGUACACUUGCGUGUACGUGAUCCGAAAUUACCUGUUGAGAGAAAUUUAAAGAUUUUUGGUGGACCGGAACAACGUUUUUGCCCAGCCGGCGUCUAUGAAUUUGUUGACGACGAGGCUAAACCUGGUCAGAAAAGAUUGCAAAUCAAUUCUCAAAAUUGUGUACAUUGUAAAACAUGCGACAUAAAGGACGUAUCACAGAACAUCGAUUGGGUGACACCAGAGGGUGGGAACGGACCUCGUUACGUGUUAACAUAA